CCCGGGCAGACGUGGCAGCGCCCGGGGCCGCCCCGGCGGGAGGCGGCGCCGCGGGAGCCGGCGGGAAGGAGGGAGGGAGGGUCCGGGAGCCGCCAGUAAGGCUGGGAUAAAACCAUGAAUCUUCUACAACGGAGGAGCCAGCCCUGCAGGAACUGGACUGAGCUGAGCUCCCACCCGGAGCAGCUUGGCCUGUGGCUGUGCUAGAGCUGUGCUUUGGGCAGGCAGCGCCCAGGAGACGAUGCUCAGCCGCAGUGGUGCCCGCAGUGAGGGAUACGUCCAGGAGCUCUUCCAUGAGGAAGCACAGCAGGUAUCUCAAACACAGACCAAGCCCUGGUGGAAGAUCCAGCUGUUUGUAUGGGAGCCAGUGCUUUUUGGAACGUGGGAUGGGGUCUUCACCUCCUGCAUGAUCAACAUUUUUGGAGUGGUUCUUUUCCUGAGGACGGGAUGGCUUGUGGGAAACACUGGCAUUGUUAUGGGCAUGUUUCUGGUGUCCUUUGUCAUUCUGGUUGCCCUGGUGACAGUCUUGUCUGGAAUUGGGGUGUGUGAGAAGUGCAGCAUUGGAAGUGGAGGAGUCUACUCCAUGAUUUCUACUGUCCUUGGAGGUCAAGUAGGGGGCACCAUUGGCCUCCUUUACAUUUUUGGCCAGUGUGUUGCAGGUGCCAUGUACAUCACUGGCUUUGCAGAGUCCAUUGCAGGUGUCCUGAGCCUCAGCAACAUCUGGGCAGUGCGUGGCAUCUCCCUGGCCGUCCUGCUCGGCCUCCUGGGAAUCAAUUUGGCUGGGGUGAAGUGGAUCAUCAGGCUCCAGCUCCUGCUGCUCUUCCUGCUGGCUGUCUCCACACUGGACUUUGUCAUUGGGUCCUUUACACAUCUUGAUCCAGAGCACGGCUUCGUCGGCUACUCCCAAGAGCUGAUGUUCAACAACACCCUGCCAGACUACAGCCAGGGGGAGUCCUUCUUCACUGUUUUUGGAGUGUUUUUCCCAGCUGCUACAGGUGUGAUGGCUGGGUUCAAUAUGAGUGGAGAUCUCCAGAAGCCUUCUUCCAACAUCCCUCUGGGGUCUCUGGCUGCUAUUGGCACCUCGUGGUUUCUGUACAUUGUCUUUGUUUUCUUGCUGGGAGCCAUUUGUACCCGUCAGUCACUCCGCUAUGACUUCAUGAUAGCAGAGAAGGUAUCCUUGGUGGGGUUUUUGUUUUUGCUAGGGCUGUACAUCUCAUCCCUGGCCUCCUGCAUGGGAGGGCUGUACGGAGCACCCAGGAUCCUGCAGUGCAUUGCCCAGGAGAAUGUGAUCCCCAUGCUUGCCUUCCUUGGAUGUGGGAAAGGUCCCAACAAGACUCCAGUGGCUGCGAUUUGCUUAACAAGUCUCAUCACCAUGGCUUUUGUCUUCAUUGGGCAAGUGAAUGUUCUUGCUCCCAUAGUCACCAUCAACUUCAUGCUGACAUAUAUUGCCGUGGACUAUUCCUAUUUCUCACUGUCCUUGAGCUACAACAUUCAGCAGAAACCUGAGGAGACCCAGAUGGGAACUGCUAGACCUGCUGACUCUUCCCAGCCUUUAAUUUUCAACAAGCCCCCCAGCCGUGCAGCAGAUGGGGUAAUUCAAAGCAGAUCAAAUGGCACCUUGCUGGAAUUCAAAAAAGACAUGGACCAGCUUUUUAAACCAUUUUUUAGUGAGCCAAGUACUUGCAGAAAAGAAGGGGUUGAGAAUUUAACCCAAAAGGGCAAGCAAAAGAAGGUGAAGAAGCCAGCCAAGCAGACAUUACAAGACAGCUUUCUCCUGGAUCUCCACCACGAUGCUCCCCUGGCUCAGAACAGCUGGGAUGAGACCAUGGAGCCCUAUGGCAGGCAGCAGGACAUGGAUGAGCAGGGUGGUCAGUGGGAUGCAGGUCUGGGCUCAUCACCCCCUGCGGAUGCCCAGCACAUACCCAGGAGGCUGGAGCAGAGGGAAGAGCCCUGCAGUGAAGUGAUGAGGCUCCCUGGCCCAGGAGGAGAAGAAUCAUCUAUAAAACAACAAAAUCCAGAACUGGGAAUUCACCAAAUACCAGAAACCUUCUACUCCAGAUUUUUCAGUCACUGGAUUUCCUUUGCUGGUGCAAUUGUGUCCCUCAUCAUAAUGUUUGUCAUUCAGUGGAUCUACACCCUGGUCAGCCUGGGAGCAGCAGUUAUCCUGUAUUUCUACAUUGGCCAAGUCAGCCCAGGACUCCCUCUUGGAGCAGCAGCAAAUUUCAGUUUCUUUGGCUGGAUUAAGUCGGUUUUGAUCUCUUCAUGCAGGAGAAGGCCAACUCCCAAGGAGCAGAUCGUGGUGACACCAUCCUUUGCAACAGUUGGCAUGGAGACCAGGCAGCUCACCGAGGAGAACGCAGACUUCGCCUCACGGGACCGCUACCACCAGUCCUCGCUCAUCAGCAGAGAGGAAUUUGGGAGCCAGUUCCAGUGAAGGACACACACACACACAACCCCCCCCCAAAAAAAAAAAAAAAAAAAAAUCAAUCCAUCACUUCAAAAAGCAUUUAGAAGUGCUAAUGGCUGCAACGGGUGCCUUUUGAAAUACUUGAAUGUACACACAAAGGAUGUGAAUUGCUAUUUAUGUAUUUGAGGCUUGUUUGUUUAUGCAAACUACAGCAUUGCUGGGCUUCAAACCUUACCCAAACUGAGGGGAGAAAAUGGAAAUGAAAGGGCCAGUCUGGGAAGUGAUGAGUUACUGAAGACAGUAUAACCCUUUUAAGGAAUUCAAUUAUAAGCCCUAUUGGGUUCUAAAAAAGGUUGCUGCUCUAAAAGCUUGCAACACCCCAUUUCAGAUGUCCUCUGGGUGACUGGGGACACUCUGCCUGGAAGCAGUGACGUUGGCAGCAGGAGCCAGUGCCCCACUCCCAGCUGUGCCACAGAUGGAUGCGACCUUCCAGGUCAAUUCACUUCUCCUCUAGGCACGAAUUUCCCUGCUUGUAAUACAGUAAUUUUCUACCUCAGCAUUUCAAUUACCAAGGUCUUAGAAAGUAUUUUAAGACAUUAGACAAUAGGCCAGAAUCAGGGGCAAGUAUGAGAAGAUUAUGAAGUAUAUUCACAACUGAAAUCGCACAUUCAAGUGCAGUAAUGCAGGAUAAUGACCUCUUCUGUAAAACUGUGAAAUUAUGUCUUAGAAGCCCUUCAUAGUUAUUUCCCACAUCCUUUCUGAUGUGAGAGCUGAGACCUGAUGAAAUAGCUGGGCCCACUUAAAACAUCUCCUGGCUGAAGGGACAGAUGGUUCAGAAUUGCUUUAGCAAAAUAAGUUUACCCCCAGCACCACACAUCAGUUCUGACAUUAUGAGGAGGGGGAAAUCACUGCCUUUCACUUUGUUUCAUCUCUGAUAAUUUCAGCCUUUAGAUUAUUUAUUUCUCCUUCUGUGCAAUAAAAGCCUGAGACACCAGGAA